GUAGUUGAUUUGUCAAUAACCGAGGAUAAAGUUAAAUGCCGGAUUAACUAAUUCGGCAUAAUUUGAACAAGUUCGUAAAGGAAAACAGGAGUUCAGGAGCGAUGUGGCGCGUCCCAAAAGCUGGCUCUCGGGGCCGGAGCUUUUCUUGUUCAAAUGAAAGUAUUAAUACCGAGGGUUGAAACGAUUUAACCGCGGAAUACUUUUCUCGAAUAUUUUUCGAGUACUUUUCUCGAAAAUCGCACGUCUUCAUCGGGGGUAGAUCGAUCCCGAUAAUUCGUUCAUCUCGAAAAUGGCAUCGCAGAGUCAAAAUGCCGCAAAUGUGAGUACAACUGUGUCACCGGCGAAUGGUUCAUCCGGAUCAUCGACGACCAUCUCGGUCUGCACUACAAAGAUGCAGUCAUUCGCUUCUACACCAUCCUCGCAGACCUAUCAACAACAACAUUCAUCGCCUUCGUCGUCGCCGUCGCCGUCGCCGUCGCCGUCACCGUCGCCGAUGCAACAGCAACAGCAGCAGCAUCAAAUGACUCUGCAACAGCCAAACAAUGUAGAGGCACUUGACAAGAAUUCCUCUAACACGUUAAAACGUAAUCCAAAAAUGGAAUUGAGCAAAAGCGAUUUACUGAAAUUAUUAGGACAUCUGGAAGGAGAAUUGCAGGCACGGGAUAUUGUAAUAGCAGUAUUAAAGUCAGAGAAAUUGAAGCACCUAUUAAGUUCUCGAUAUUUAAGUGGAACCUCGGAUCCACAUGCAGCACUUGCUCGUGAUGUAGCAUUAGUAGGUGGUAUAAUGGGACAUGAACCAAAUCAAAUAGAUCAGCAAGUUGCUAGUUUAGAAGCUCUUGUGAUGCAACAAAGACGAAUGCAGUCUAGAAUGACCAAAGUUCUUAAGGAAGCUGAACUUAGGCACAGAGCAGUAAUCAAGGAAUUGGAGGAAGAAAAACAGAAACAUGAACACGAUACUGCCCAAGGUGAUGAUAUUACAUAUGGAUUGGAAAAGGAACGAACACGAUUGAAGAAAGAGUUAGAAUUAGAGAAGCAAGAAAAAAAAAGACUGGAACAGGAAAUAAAAAAGGCAAAUGACAGUUUAGAGGAACAGAAAGCUCGACAGAAGCAGAUAGUACUUUUGUUAUUGGCUGAACAUAAUAAAAUAAUUAUGAAGUAUAUAGAAGAAAGAAAAAGAUCAGAAGAUUUAGCAUCAGAGUUAGACGUAGAUCAAGUACGAAUAGACUACAUGGCUGAAGGACUUGAAGAAGAGAGUAAGAAGUCACUGCGAAUGGAAGCAGAAUUAGAAAAACAACUUGCACAGUUUGACAUUGAGAGACAGCAAUAUAGACAAGCAUUAGCAAAGGAAGAAAAAAGAGUUAAAGAUUUGGAAUUAGAAUUAGAGAAACUUAGAAAUGAAAUGGAUGUGUUGAAAGAGUCUCAAGCACGAGGUUCUCCAAGAGGAGUGGGUACAACUCCACCGCCUCCUCCAGUUAAACCGGCUAAUUUAGUUGCUAUGCCUACAGUUAGACCUGCUAGUGCUCCACAGACAAUUAAAGGAACAGUAUUGGGCACUGGAACACCAAUGGUUAGUAGCAAAGUCGUUCAGCCCACUGCCACGGUAUCUAGUGUUCCUGUCAGCGGUCCAACUACUGGUAUUGCUAGAUUAGUAACUCCUGGACAGGCACUACGCGGGGGCACAUACGCGCCGAAUAUAACGUCUACUACUGCAGAGACUGUGACUACUUCUGAAACCCAGGCUGUAGACCAACGUGUGGUUGUACGUGUGGUUGUACCUCCUACUCCUAAUCUCAGAGUGCACUCGAAAAAGCCACCGAUAUCUCGCGGCGUUCCUCCUCCAGUACCGCCGAAUAAACCGGUAGUACCACCUAAAAAGGAGGCUGCUUAUCUUAGGAGGACUGAGUCGUCACAGUCGACACAGGACGCCGUUAAACUUGGUAAACAAGCUGCGGCGCAUCCUGCUAGUGGAUCCACCGCUCCGCAAGUGCAUCAGGCAAUAGCGGCCUUUACUCAAGCCUCCGAUGAAGAGACAAAGCCACGUUGAUUUAACAGCGGGUAGAAAAAAGAAAGAAAAGAGUAAGCAUUACUUAAGUUUAAGAAAAGUCUGAAUCCUGUAUACCGUGAAAAAGAGAAAAAGAAUAAAAAAAUGGGUACUCGAGGUAGCGUAUUGGGAGCUACACGGCGCGGGAUCCGUAACAACGUUUCUGAAUCAACGAAAAGAAACGUACGUGCCCUGAACCACUUGUUCAUCGAUUGAUCUUACUUCGCGUGGAUAAGAUAUCGUUUCAUCUACAGUAGUGGACAAACGAUUAGAAUGGAAACGAAAGAAAUUACUUAAUUUGCGCGAGAAACACGAAUGGGAGUUUCUAGGUAUUAAGAAAGAUCUAUAGAAAUGGAUCUGAAGUCUAGAAGAAUUAUAUUUUGUUCCUGAAUAUAUUGUAUGUAACACCCAAAAAGAACAUAGAUCCUUAAGGGCAGAAGUUUCAGAUUACUUUAUUUCGUUUCAAAGGUUUGUCCAAAGUAGAAUUGGUUGUUUGACAUUUUUGCCCGCUACUGUAGAUCGCUAGAUCUCGCAAGUCGGACGGAUCCACGGAUCCACUAGCGAUAAUCGUCGACGCGACACGAACCAUGCUUGUAACAUUGUACUAUAGCCGAGAAAUCGGUACGAGAAACCGAUUAUCCGACAACUAUUUAAGGUAGACUCUUGUAGAUUCUUGUAGUUUAUUAACCGCGAGUUUUUUCCGAAUUACGUUAAAAGUCAUUAGAUAGAUUAGUAACGUUGUAACGUGUUAUACGUAAGAAGGAACGAUGCUGUUAUCAACAGUGAACGUGAAUAAUAAAUGUUUAUGCAACAGGGAACUAGACCGUGUAAUAACGUGUUAACGAAAAUAAAUACUUGUAGGUAGGGGAAGAUACGAGUGGGUCAUUUAGCGUUUAAAUUCGUUCGAGUACGAAGUAGAAUCCUUUUUAACCCUUUGCACUCGAGGGGCGACUUUCAGUCGUCGCUGGGUAUCACGUAGCAAUUCGAGAGGCGACUGAGAAACGACAGUCAUUGUUUAGAUUUCCUUGAAUCUCGUAGCGAUAUCGGUUCUUGAAUAGGUUCCUAGUCUGUAAAUUGGUAGACUUUCAAGUAGCGGUAAAUUAUUUUAUUUCCAUGACUCUUCGAUCAUGGUAGAAGAAGGUUUAUGUUUAAAUCGUUAGCUCUCUCUAAUGAAACUGUCGUCGAGUGUAAAGGGUUAAUAUAUUGCGUCUCUUUGUUAUUGUUCUCGCUUUCACAUUGGUAAUCAGCGAACGAGGUAACUGUUAUCUCUUAGAAGGCAAUGCGUAUACGAUUUAAUUAAAACUUGCUUAAGACGCUUGGAUUACAUAGUCGAGCACCGAGAACGGGCACGUUUUUACUUCUUCUUUUUUUUAUCAAGAAUAUUUUACGAACUAUCGGUUGAUACCGUUUAUCGUGGAUUCACGACUAUCGACGAUUCUAAUUUCCUUUAACUACGAUUAAAACGACUCGACGUGAGAUGACCCCAAAAGUAUAUGCUAUAAUCACUGCCUUGCCUGACAUUAUUGCGUGCAUCGCCGAUAUACAAACGUACGAUAUACCGAUGCGAAUUUUGAACGAAUUUAUUCGAGAUGAUGGUAUUACGAGGGAUAAUCAAUGUUUUACGUUGCGAGAGCUAUCGAUCGUUCCUGAGUAAACAGGCAUUUUGAAAUACCGAUCAGUCGUUGUAUUUUCGACAAUAUAUGUACUUACUGUGCGAAGUAGUAUUAUUUUAGAUUCACGCGACACCUUCGUGUCCGUUAAAACGCUCUUGAAAAAUCCAUCUACCGAUGAGAACCAGAUCUACACGUAGGAAGCCAUUUAUUUUCUACGCAUUUCUAUAAGAUAUCGAGUUGUGGCGGUUUUUCUUCAAAUUCGAACUUAUUGGAUGAAAUAAACCACGUGUACCAUUUCAAAGAGAAUUCUUUAUUCUUCGCGAUACUGUUUUUAGUUUUUGUAUCGAUUUGAAUUUUAUUGAUAUUUAAAGCUUUGAAAUUUAGUCGUCAACUAUAGGAGAAAAGUCUCUCGACGUCCUUGACGCUUUAUCCCAAUGUCAAAGACGAAAAUUCGAUAAAAUUUAAAUCGAGCCUAAAAACCAACGGGUGAUUGCAAAGAGCAAGAAAUUCUCUUUUAAAUGGUAUAUAACAUUGCAGCGAAAUAUAUUAUUUUAUCCGAAGAAUUUAAUUUUAAAGAAAAACCGCCAUGGCUUCAGAGACAACUCGACGCACCAUCGGAUUAAAAAGGAGCAAUAUUUUCCACUAACUGUGAGCAAGUCAUGCAAUGAUGUUGAAUAUUAAUAAUACCAGUGAUAGAUCCGCAGUGUUCUGUAAGAUACGUCGCAUCAGGGAGAAACGAGUGAUUUCUGAGUCAAAAGACAAAAAAAAAAGAAAGAAAAGAACUUACAAUUCCUAAUGUUAGUGUAACUCCUAAUGUUUUUACUUGACGCCGACUUAUUAAACGCGUAAGGUCGAAGCAAGACACUUGUUACAAGAGUUUCGCCGUAGGCAACUGCGAGAGGUUCACGAACAAUGAUCAUGCGAAGAUAUUAAGAAUGAUUUUUCGGGCUUGGAAAUUCUUUUAUUCGCGCAGUGCAUCUUACGAAAUUCCUGUACGCAAAUUUACGUUCGUUCCCACAAUGUAGAGUUUAUAACAAGGACGUGAAUAAAAUUAUUCGUUUGUACACACAGUUUUCUCUUGUAUAAAUUAUAAACGAACGUUAUUGCCGUUCUCAUAAACUGCGAAACACUGUACACGUAAACGUAUCGAAUUAUUUAAGCGUAUGUAUCUCAUCUACUUUUCGUACUUCGAAUGCGACCGUGAUUUCACAGAAACGUGUGAAGAUAUUUCAGCGUGCAACAACACUUACCACGAUUGUUUUUAUGCGAGUUUUGUUAGAACGUGCGUUGGUCGGAAUCUGUUUAACAGCUUUUCGAGAAUUUUUUCGUCGCGUACGAAUACAUAUAUGCGUGAAUUAUUCGUGCCGCGUUUCUCAAGAACGAUGCGCAAUCCGUUUGGAUUUCUUCAUACUCUGCGUAUACUGUAGAGCGGCGGAAGCUGAAAGAAUUCGUGUAAAAGAAAAAAGAAAACCACCCAAGUUAGUUGACCGAAAUGGAUAUUAAAGAGCGAAA